GCCUUGCCUGGAAGGAAGGAGAAUCUCUGCUGGGCUGAAUGGUGAUGUGAAUGUGACACAUGCCCUACCUGUGACACAUCUCCUGAACAUGUAGAAGGUCCAGCCAGAGGGAAGGAAUCCAAAGUGCAGUCCCAGAGCAACCCCUGCCUCCCUCUAAAGCUACUCUGGACUGUUCUGAUAGAGACAGGUGGAGUUAUCUGUUGAUUCUGUGGACUUGGCAGGAAUUCCAUACUUUUUACACAGCCUUUUAUCACAUCAGGGAUUACACAUUUACCACCCAGCACAUUAAAUAAGGAUCCCAAUUUGGGCUGUGGCACAGAUCGUUUGAAGGUGUGGAGUGGACGCCGGUGCUGCGGUGCUGCCUUGGGUUUCCUUCCCUGGAGGCUCUGACCUGAUCCCUGCAGGAAUGGCCCCAGGGCUCAGUGCUUCUCCACCACUUGUGGUCCUGCUCCUGUCCCUGCUGGGUCUGGCUGCUGCUGGGAAGCUCCUGGUGAUGCACGUGGACGGGAGCCCCUGGCUCAGCGUGCAGGAAGUGCUGGAGACGCUGAAGCAGAAGGGACACGAGGUGGUUGUGGUGGCACCUGAAGUCUCCGUGCACGUCAAGCCAUCAAAGAACUUUGAGAUGAAAAUAUACUCAGUCCCCUUCACAAAGGAAGAGUUUGAGAAAGACUUCAAGGCAUAUUUUCGAGUUGUAUUUGAAGAGGGAUCAUUUAUUGAAAGAUUUUUUAAAGUAUUUGAAAUGACGAGAAGGGUAACUGAAUAUUGGAUCCACAGCUGUGAACAGUUCUUAAAAAACAAAGAGCUCAUGAGGUACCUUGAGGAAAGCAAGUUUGAUGCUGUCCUUACAGACCCUUUCCUACCCUGUGGGGCAAUCCUGGCUGAGCGUCUUUCACUUCCUGCCAUAUAUUUCUACCGACUAGUCCCAUGUGAGUUAGAAUUUGCAGCCACUCAGUGUCCGAGUCCUCCGUCCUAUGUGCCCAGGGCAUUUUCAGACAAUGCAGACAGCAUGACCUUUUUCCAGCGAGUGAUGAAUCUGCUCUAUGACAUCCCAGAUAUUUUUCUCUGUGAUUUUACUACUAAACCCUACUCAAAACUGGCUUCCGAGAUCCUGCAGCGGGAGGUGACUGUACUGAGUUCCUGCAGCGGGAGGUUAGAUUUUGUGCUUGACUAUCCAAGACCCUUGAUGCCAAACAUCAUUCCAAUUGGAGGACUAAACUGUGCUCAGAAGAAGCACAAGGAGCUGCCUCAGGAAAUACGAGGGUUUUCUAAUGACACUCAGUGUCCGAGUCCUCCGUCCUAUGUGCCCAGGGCAUUUUCAGACAAUGCAGACAGCAUGACCUUUCUCCAGCGAGUGAUGAAUCUGCUCUAUGACAUCCCAGAUAUUUUUCUCUGUGAUUUUGCUUUUGAACCCUACUCAAAACUGGCUUCUGAGUUCCUGCAGCGGGAGGUGACUGUGCUGGAUCUCUUACGGAAGGGCUCUCUUUGGCUCUUCAGGUUAGAUUUUGUGCUUGACUAUCCAAGACCCUUGAUGCCAAAUAUCAUUCCAAUUGGAGGACUAAACUGUGCUCAGAAGAAGCACAAGGAGCUGCCUCAGGUGGGUCUGGUUUAAAUCCAUGCCUUGAUUAAUUUCUGCCUUAAGGAGGGUGGAAUUCUGUGUUGUGAUAGGAAUCAACUUCCCAUUUCUGGUGAGU